UUUUUUAACAAUUUCAAUCAUAAUAUCAACUCCAAUACUUCUUAGCAAAGAAACAUGGCGCAAAGGCUCUUCCACAACAUUUAUCAAAUGGACAAUAACUCCAUUCAUUGCUACUACAUAACAUCAUGGUCUUCAAAGUUUUCACUCAAAAUCACUCUGCUGCACUUGCCCGUGCAUUUUGCUCUUCCCUUGGGGGCCAUCUAAUGAAAGCUUUUGUCGGAAUUUGGUGCGGUUUCAGGGUUUUUUUUUUUUUUUUUUUUUUUUUUUUUUUGUGUUUUGAGGGCAUUCAGGAAUAUGCACUUCACUCUGACUUUGAACUUGAUUUUCGUCUACAGUUGCUGGAACCUCUACUUCAGUUUCAGUUUGAUCGUGCAUUUUCUCUUCAUCUCAAAUGGGGAAACCUCGGUUCAUGAUUCUUGGUGGUGGUCUUGAGUACCAGCGAGUUUCUAACAUGUUGUCAAGUUUUGAUACUCUUUUACAGCAGGAGAUGGACCAUUUAAAUUUAUGGGAGGUUGCAGCCCAUCGAAUACAUCUCUCUCCUUUUGGGAAUCAUUGGUAUCCUCUCCCCAUCUGAGCUCUAAGAUCUUGACAUCUUUCUUUUCCUUGAAAUUGGCCAAUGAUGCAUCCACAAUAUCAACCACAUUUUGCAGAUUCGAAACACAAAACUUUCCUUGAAGAUGUGGAAACUCCUUCAACUCUGAUAGUACUCAUUCCCAGUGGCAUCUCUGUUAUAUUAGUUCCAUAAUAUCAAGAAGAUGCAGAUUAAUCAGUUUCCUCAUAUCAGCAGGCAAUUCAGUGAGGGCAGCACAACCUGACAACAAUAGUGUCUGCAAAUUGUAGAGGGUACAAAAGGUAUCUGCUAACCUUUUCAUGCCAGUAUCCAUGUAGCGCAAGUGUAUGAGAUCAGCAAUAAAGUUUCGUAACUUGGUAAUAUUUCUAUAAUGUCACAGUGAUAGUACACGCAAACAUCUUACUGAUGGCAGAAACUCAUGCAUAAUUCUUCUACUUAAUGUAGUUUAGAUGUUUUGACGAUCUUUUAAAGCAAAAUGUGGAAGGUCCACAAACAUUUAAGCCCAUCUAGUAAUGGUGGAAAUUUGGAAGAAGGAUCAUAAUCAAGUCCUUUAAUAUAUGAUAACUGACGAACCCUUUUUGGAACUUUAUGUGAUCCAUUACCAUCCAACCCAUGGUAGAAUCCCACAGACAACCACGUAGCCAAGUCAUUCACGAGAUCAUGCAUGGUGAAUCUUGAUUUAUCUGUGUUUGAUCUUUGGAAUAAUGGUCAUGAUAUUAAUUCGAAAGUACUUCUUAGCAACCUUUUCUCCACCUUUCUCGCUCACUUUCAGUUUCUGGAACUAAACCUUCUUAGAGCUGGAAGAAUACUACUUUUAUCACAGGGUAGCUCCCAAAUAUUGCUAAUCAAGAUGUUAUUCAAUUCCUCUGAAUCUAUUGCUUCCUCCAGCCCCAGAAAUAAAAAGAGCCUGUAGUAGACUCCAACCGUUAUAGUUCUCAUUCCAAACAUCAUAUCCAAUACAAUCUGCACUAAUUGAGAGAGUCUAACUUGUUGUUCUUCUCCAUGUUGUAAACUCUUUCAUCUGCUUUACUAUUAAUUUAUGCAGGUGGUUCCUCCCUCAACAUAUGAUCAAAAUCUUGGAUUCCUAGAUGCAGAAAGUGUUGAUGUCUAGUUCAAUAAGGUCUUACACAAGAUUGGAGCUUGGAGCUCAUCAUCAUCCUCGGGCUUUGCUUGAGAAGAUUGUGAGGUUUCACAUUGUGCCUCAGAGGCUUACACACAAGGAGCUUUCGGCAUUGCCUGCGAGGACUCUGCUCGGGACUAUGGUUCAUGGUGAUCAGCCUUUGGAAGUCACUGGGUUUAUGAGUUUCAUGCCGGAAUUGGUCAUCAAUGGAGUGAGGAUUGUGGCGCCCGACAUCUAUUCUUCGAACAACUUGGUCGUCCAUGGGAUUUCCCGAGCUUUCGAGGUGAAUGAUCUGCCUAGUACCCAAUAAAGAGUAGAUGUACUUCUAGCUAGCUCUUAAGCUCUACAGUAGUAUUAGGGUGUUGAGCAUGUUAAAUUUUUGGUGUACAUGGUGUUUUGCAUAGAGUGACAUUGCUUUUGCUGCAUUGCAACAACAAUGCUGUCAAAGCUGUGAUGUGUAGUAGGCUCCUUUUUGCGUUCAAUGAAUAGUUGAACAAUGUAAAGUUGCUACACUGGCAUUAGGAUCAAUGCUACUGGAAAUUGAUGUAACUGUGAUUUGAUUAAUGCAUGG